AGGACGGUACUAUUCCAACAGUUGGCUAGGAUUUGGAUUAAUUGCAUUUUAUUUAUCAAUCUAUACUGCACACACUGUAAAGGAAGAAUAACAAUGAGUCAAUUCGUUUUUCAAAAUACAGUAAACUUUUCAUUUGUUUCUAUCUUAUGUUUUCCUAUGUCCAGGAUACUUGGUGCAUAUUCCAAGGUGCCUCAAAAGUCAACAGUAUCAACUACAAAGAGUGAGUUUGAGGAACUUGAAGCAGUCCCAUCCAUGGAUGUUAUGGAUGGUCCUUUAGAGCCAUCAUCAUCAACUGCCUCGAAUAUCGCAGAUGCUCCUGAUGACCAUGCCUUUGUUAACUUCUUUAGUGCAGCUUCACAUACAGCAGUUGCGGGACGGGCUUACCAGUCUUCUACAAUCUCUGUGCCCUUGCAUCAAGUAGGCUUUGCUCCUUCCACUAUUUCUAACAUGCACAUAUCAUCUCCUCCACAGUUAUCAACUGCGCCUUCAGUCCCUUUCCUUGACGUCCCUGAAUCCCACAGCAAUACCAACCUGGCCACUAGUCUUGUAAAGCCUCUUCGUCAUUUUUUGUUACCCCUCCUUCCCCUGCAACAGUGA